CUUCGUUCUGUUGUGCGCAAUGGACAACCUUUAUCCCCCUGCAUGUUUUACUUUUGUAUUUGCUGGACCUUUAGUUCUGCUACCUUUUAAAUGAGUGAAUUCAGCGAGUUCUUUGUGCCCUCGUCGGAUAACAUCAAGUUGCAUGCGCGUCUGCGGACACCGAGCAACCCGCGGCGUAUGCCCUCGGGUGAGGUGGGGGUAUUUCUAAUCUGCCAUGGCCUGCUCGACACGAAACACGCAACACUGUUCCAGGGCCUGCAGCGCAUGCUUCCGUAUGUGUCGAUUGCGUUUGAUUUCCGCGGCAGCGGACACAGCACCGGAACGACCAACUACGGCAACUACCUGGAGGAGGCCGAGGACAUCCGUCACAUGGUCGACCACAUCAAUGGACAGGACGAGCAGCGUGUAAUUGGGAUAAUCGGGCACUCGAAGGGCGGCUCGAGCAUGUUUUUGUUUGCGCAAAAGUACCCAGCAAUGUGUCCGCAGUUGCUGAUAAACUUGUCGGCGCGGUACUGGCUGGACCAGGAGAUUGCGGGCCGCUGGAAACCCCACCAUCUGGAGGCACUGGAGAAGGAAGGGGUGUUUAUGUGGCGCAAGUUUGGUGGGACACCGGCGGCAAAAGCCCCCAUGGUAGAUGACGGGUAUGCAGGGCUGGCGUCGGUGGAUGAUGUGCCGAUGCGCGAGUACUGGGUGACGGCGGACCAUUUGCGUAUGCGCAAUGCUACAGAUAUGUCGGUGGUGCAGCGGCUGCCGUUCCAGCACUGCUAUGUAUUGAAUAUCAUGGGCAGCAAGGACAAGGUGGUGCCGGAGCGCGACGUGUGGGAGUACGACCGGGUGAUGCGGCUCGGGGCGCCGGACUCUCACCGCGUCGUGACCCAGGUAGUCGAGGGCGCGUCGCAUUUCUGGAGCAAGCAAUUCGAGCUCGCGGCCAUUGAGGAUAUCAUUAGCAGUUGGCUUAGCAAGGUCCUGCCAUUAGCAAAGCUUUAAUAAAUAUAGUUUCAGUACGAAGUAGUAGCCCACAGCUUGACGGCAUCCCGGAACGCCUCCUGCAAGGACGCUAAUUUCUGCUGGACAUCCAGUAUACGGGUUUCGUCUUCGGCCAGGUGGCGACGCGACAUCACGAGCAUGCGCUCAUCAUUGGCAGUCAGGUCAAUGUCGCCGUGCAGAUACUUUUCGCGUAUCUUGGUCUGCAAUUUAAUCUGAGUGUGGGUUUCGGCCUGCAGGCGGGCGAGCUCCUUCAGACGCAGCUCGAGUUCGGGCCGCUGGCGCUCCAGGGAGUCGUGGGCCAGGGCAGCCAGGUAUAAAAGGGCCUUUUCGCGUGCGUUGUGGGUCGAGCGGAGGCGGUCGCUGAUGAGCUUGUAGAGGAGUUGGUCGGGUGUUGCGUGAGGCGGCAUGAGUGGGGGAAAA